UUCCUCUGACUGAUUCUCUCUGCCUGCCUCUCCUCAGACUGACGAUGGCUGAAGCCCAGCUGUUUGUGUCACAGGACGAGUUCACCUGCUCGGUGUGUCUGGACACCCUGACUGACCCCGUCACCAUCCCCUGUGGUCAUAAUUUCUGUCUGAAAUGCUUAACUAACUACUGGGAUCAGAGCCAAGAGUGCAGCUGUCCUCAGUGCAGAGAAAACUUCACCACGAGGCCUGCUCUGCGAAGAAAUAAUCUGCUGAAUGAAGUCAUCAAGAAAUUAAAGAAGACAACUCUCAGUUCUCCUCCUCCUCAGAAUUAUGCUGGCCCUGGAGACGUGGAGUGUGACUUCUGUACUGGUAAGAAGUUCAGAGCGGUGAAGUCCUGUCUCACCUGCCCGGCCUCCUACUGUCAGACUCACCUGCAGCCUCACUAUGAAGGAGACACCCUGAAGCACCACAAGCUGGUUGAUCCUGAUAGAAAUCUGAAGGAGAAGCUCUGUGAGAAACAUCAGAAAAGUCUGGAGAUAUUCUGUAAAACUGAUGAUUCCUGUAUCUGUCUUAUUUGUGUGGUGACUGGACAUAAAAAUCAUGAAAUGGUCGAGCUGGAGAAGGAAAGAGAAGGAAAGCAGAAACAGCUGGGGGUGACACUGAGUGACAUCAAGAGGGGACUUGAGGAGAGAGCGAAGACACUGAAGGAGACGAGGAGGGCGAUGGACAAGAUGAAUAUGUCUGUGGUAAGAGAGCUGGAAGAAAAUGAAAAGAGCUUCACUGCUCUGAUGCGGUGCAUUGAGGAAGCCCACAGGAAACUGACUGAGAAGAUCAGAGAACAAGAAAAGAGAGAAAUGGAGAAGGCUGAAGGAGUCAUGGAGCAGCUGGAGAAGGAGAUCGAGGAGCUGAAGAGGAGAGAAGCUGAGCUGAAGGAGCUUUCAGAGAGCAAGGACCAUCUCCACUUCCUACAGACUUUCUCGUCUCGCUGUGUCCUUCCUGUUGAUGGAGACUCGCUGAGCUUCACUGUCACCGCUGAUUUCUCAUCUGAGGACCUGAGAAAGGAGCUAUCAGGUCUGACAAAGAGUCUGGAGAAGAUCAGCCGGUGUGAGAUCAUGACAUGGACUCCAUCAGAAUAUAUUACAUUCUGCUGGUUGGAGUCCACGUUAAAAGUUCACAUUCAUCCAUUUUCAGCUGUGCUCCCCCUGGGCUCUCGUCCCAGUCCCGUUACACACUCCCAGAUUUCUUCACUCGUUUUCUUUUCUCUCCUUUCUGACUUCUGUCCCCUCACACUGGACAUCAACACGGCACACAGAGACCUCCGUCUGUCUGAAGGGAACAAGAAGGUGGAGUGCAGUGGAAACUUCAUGGAUAUUGGAGUCGCAUAUAAAGGAAUGAGCAGGAAAGGAGGCUGGGAGUGCGGCCUUGGAAACAACGACAAGUCCUGGAGUUUGCUGUGUUCUCAUUCCCAGUACUCUGUGUGGCACAAACACAAGGAGACUGUAAUCAGCGCCCCCUACAGCCCCAGAAUAGGUGUGUAUCUGGACUGGCCUGCUGGCUCUCUGUCAUUUUAUAGCGUCUCACACACAAUGACCCUCCUGCACAGGUUAAACACCUCCUUCACUGAGCCCCUCUAUCCAGGGUUUUCUGUUGGUCUUCACUGCAGUGUAACAAUCAGCCAUCUGACACCAUGUGACCACUGACCAGUACCCUCCACCGGUCACUUGAUGUCCCCACAACCUCAGGUGUCUUUGUGUUUGUAGUUUGGGGUCAAAAUUAAUUUUACACUAUAGGUGGGGGGGCAGCACCUCUGUGAGUGAAUUUGUGGAUGAGAAUGAGGGGCGAGUGCGACUGUCAGGGUCUCCAUUAUUAUUGGGUCUGAGUAGCCAAUCAGGUGUGUGUGUCAUAGUGAGGGGCGGUGACACCUCAGACCUACAAAUACCAGUCUGACCAGCAGGGGUCACUGUUGAUUCACAGCCACAUGUCCUUCAGGCUGACACCCCAACUGCUGUGUCCUCUGAGUGUCACUGAAUGUCACCUGUUAAGUCAGUCUAUAUAGCGCCUUUCAGUAGUGCUGCUCCAGCAGGACCACAUGCCUGUCUCAGUAUCCAGAGCCUCAUUCCAGUGACUAUUUAGGAGCACAGAGUGACAGAAGUGACAGGAGUGCUGGCCUCUGAACAGACAUUGUCUGCCCCUCUAUUAGUUACUCCGGUGGUCUGUCACCUCUGAAUGAAUUCACUGUGAAUGUCUAAAGACGAGGACUCACCGCUCAGUCACAUGUCAGCCAUACUGAUGGAGUUUGGUGUUUUACUGAGUCACUUGGUGUCACGUUAGACAUUAAACUGCACCUCCUCCUUGUUGUUCCCACUGUCACCCAACCUCAAGGAGACGAGUCAGCUGACUGACUUCACCGUCACUGUCGGUGUUCAAAGUGACAAUCAGAUGUGACACUUAGGGACACUUUUAUCUUUCCACUGACACACACAUUCCGAGGAUUAAUUUACAAUUCCCUCAGGACCCCUCAAGGAGCGGCUUGUCACCUGACAUCAGUGUGUGUGAAGAUGCCAAUGAAGGCCCAGACUGAUGGCCGUCCUGUGAUCACAGAUUGUAUUCCUCGUUGAUCAAAUCCGUAUCUCGAUGUGUGACUGACGUCUGAUUCUUUAAGCACUCGCUCAUCAGACAGGUUGUCACCCGAUGAGCUCUUCACUGCUGACCUAAGCCCUGCUGCCCUCUUCUCUCUCCUGUCACCUCGGCCAUUGCUUCAGUCCCCGCUGUGUGACCUCAUAAAGCCACUGGUCUGUCUGGUCACUCAGGUC